AGCCUGACUCUCUUCAUCAUCUUCCAGUGCAUCCCCUCUGGCAGAGUCCACUUACAAUCCCCGGGGGCACCCGGCAGUCUCCUAUCAAUAUCCAGUGGAGAGACAGUGUUUACGACCCCUUUCUGAAGCCUCUGAAAAUCAGCUACGAUCCUGCAACGUGUCUUCACAUCUGGAACAAUGGAUAUUCGUUCCUGGUUGAGUUUGAUGAUUCUACUGAUAGAUCAACAAUCUUUGGAGGUCCCUUGGAAAACCAGUACAGGCUAAAGCAGUUCCACUUCCACUGGGGAGCUAUAAACGACUGGGGUUCAGAGCACACAGUUGACAGUAAAUUUUACCCAGCAGAGCUGCAUUUGGUCCAUUGGAACGCCGUGGCGUACCCCAAUUUCGAAGAGGCUGUAAUGGAAGGCAACGGCUUGGCUGUUAUUGGAGUGUUUUUAAAGCUUGGAGCACAUCACGAAGGGCUGCAGACCCUGGUGGAGGCCUUGCCAGCAGUUAAACACAAGGAUGCUGUUAUAGAGUUUGAUGUUUUUGAUCCCUCCUGUUUGAUACCUUCCUGCCCUGAUUACUGGACCUACGCGGGCUCUUUGACUACUCCCCCACUUACUGAAUCAGUCACGUGGAUUAUUAAGAAGAAGCCAAUCGAGGUUGAUGAAAAUCAGCUGGAUGCAUUUCGGAUGCUGCUCUUUACUUCCGAUGGUGAGGAAGAGAAGAGGAUGGUUGACAACUUCCGUCCUCUUCAGCCGCUGAUGAACCGAACCGUCCGUUCCUCCUUCCAGAGCAGGCACCUCUUCAGCACUGAGGGGCAGCCCAAGGACCACGCCCAGCAGGGCAGGCCAGAGCUGGCCUGUGAAAUGUCAGCCCAGACUGCUACACCUGCAUCUGACUGA